UCUAUAAAUUAACCUUAAUAGCCUCCUUAAUCAUCCAAUAAUUUCAACAUUAAGCCUCUUAUUCCGAUAACAAAAAAUAACUCUAUUCUCCAAAGUUGUUAAGUGAUAUAUUUUUCUACUCAAAGGACAUGGAUCCACCACUUUGUGCCAAUGGUUGCGGCUUCUAUGGUUCUGCUGCCAACAACAAUCUUUGUUCAAAGUGUUACAAAGAUCACAUCAAAGAAACCUUCAUCAUCAUGGAAUCACAAAGCAAUAAUAAUAAUAAUAAUAAUGGAACAUUAUUAGAUGAUACCAAAUCUCAUCAUGACCAACCAUUAGCUGAUGUGUUAAAAAGAUUUACCAAAGACUUUGCUGCAACCAUUGAUGAUAUUUCUACCAACAACAACAAUGAAACGAAGAAAAGGUGCAAGAAGUGCAAUAAAAAGGUUGGAUUAAUAGGGUUUGAGUGUCGAUGUGGAGAUUUGUUUUGUGGAAAGCAUAGGUAUCCAGAAGUUCAUGAAUGUGAAUUCAAUUUUAAGGAUAUUGGUCGCAACAUUUUGGCAAAACAGAACCCUCUUUGCAUUCGCGAUAAGUUAGAUGAAAGACUUUAG